ACGGCAGCAGACAUGGCUUCUCAGUUCAGCGGUGUGCUGCAGCUGACAGACCUCGAUGACUUUAUAACCCCAUCUCAGGAAUGUGUCAAACCUGUUAAAGUAGAGAAGAAACAAGGUAAAUCUGUGGCCAAAAUUCAAAUAGAAGAUGAUGGCAGUUAUGUCCAGGUCAACCAGGAUGGUGGGAAGCAGAAGCUGGAGAAAGCAAAGAUCACACUGAAUGACUGUUUGGCCUGCAGUGGCUGCAUCACAUCUGCUGAGAGCGUUCUCAUCACACAGCAGAGCCACGAGGAGCUUCUUAAAGUGCUGCAAAAUAACAAGAGCAGCGAGACGGAGCAGAAGGUGGUGGUGGUGUCGGUGUCUCCUCAGUCCAGAGCGUCUCUGGCAGCUUACUUUGACCUCAGCAGCAGCGAGGCAGGCAGGAGGCUCACGUCUUUCUUCAAAGGCCUUGGAGUUCAUCAUGUGUUUGAAACCAGCUUCAGUCGGACCUUCAGCCUGCUGGAGAGCCAGAGGGAGUUUGUGGAGCGUUUCCAGAUGAAGGAGCAGGACAGCACCUGUCUGCCCAUGAUGACAUCAGCCUGUCCAGGGUGGAUUUGUUAUGCAGAGAAGACUCACGGCCAGUUCAUCCUCCCUUACAUCAGCACCACUCGCUCCCCCCAGCAGAUGAUGGGCUCUCUGGUUAAAGGCUAUUUUGCUGAACAACAGGGUCUGAGUCCUCAGCAGAUCUACCAUGUGGCAGUGAUGCCCUGCUUUGACAAGAAACUGGAGGCCUCGAGGUCGGACUUCUACCUGGACAAAGCUGAGACUAGAGAAGUGGACUGUGUCAUCACGUCUGGAGAGGUUCAGAAAAUGCUGGAGGAGAAAAGUGUGUCUCUUAAUGAUGUGGAACCUGCUCCGUUAGAUACAUUGUUCAGCAGUGUGAGUGGGGGGGAGUACCUGAGCCACGCUGGCAGCGGGUCGGGGGGUUACCUCCAUCACGUCUUCACCUACGCUGCCAAACAGCUGUUUGGAGAGGAGCUGAAGGAUCUCACCUACAAGACCCUCAGGAACAAUGACUUCCGGGAAGUGACUCUAGAGAGAGAUGGGAAGGUCCUGUUGUGUUUUGCUUCCACUUACGGCUUCCGCAACAUCCAGAACCUGGUGCAGAAACUCAAGAGGGGGAAGUCUCCGUACCACUUUGUGGAAGUCAUGGCCUGUCCAUCAGGCUGUCUGAAUGGAGGCGGACAGCUGAAGCCCAAACCAGGUCAGAACCCGAAGGAGCUCCUGCAGAAGGUGGAGGAGCUCUACAGGGCGGAGCGGCCCCUGUCUCCGGAGGAGGACCUCCGCGUGGCCGAGCUCUACCAGUCGUGGCUCCACAGCGUGGGGGAGGAGCGAGCCAGAGAGCUGCUGCACACACACUACCACACGGUGGAGAAGAUGACCAACGGACUCACCAUGAAGUGGUGAAGAAGAAAGAUUCUGCUACCAUUAGUGGAGAAAACAUCAGGAAACACUGAUGACAAAACCGUCCAAAUAUACACAAUGUGAUUAUUUAUGUUUCUCUUCAGAGAGAAGUCGAACAAAAACUGGUUUGAUGUAACCACAACUUUUCGCCUCAUCUGAAAGUUUUUUUAUGCCUGGUAAACAAAGUCUAACUGCAGUAACUAUAUUUUUGGUCAAAAUUGAGUUAUAACUGAAAAUGAACUCCUUGAUGUUUGUUUUAUCUAGUGACAAAGUUUUCAAUUUUGCUUUAUUUCAGAGAAAUAAUUAUAUAAAAAACACAAAAUCCAACUCAAAACCAAGCAGUAAUUGCACUUAACACAGUCUGCUUUGGAUUUAUAAACUAAUUUAAACACAAAUAAUUAUAGAAAUUAUCAUUUUAUUUGAUAGGGGAAUUCCCAUCUAGAUCAGGGGUCUCAAACUCAAAUUACCUGGGGGCCGCUGGAGGCAGUAUCAAAAUGACCAAAAAAAGACACAAAAUUACAAAAAAAAAUACACAGAAUUACCCAAAAAAGACACAAAAUGAUUUUAAAAAAGAUACAAAAGUAAAAUAAAGUGCCAUUCAUAUAAAACUCACAUUAAACUUUCAUAUCAAGGUGGGGGCCACAAACUAUCGUCACGAGGGCCGCAAUUGGCCCGCGGGCCGCGAGUUUGAGACCCCUGCUCUAGAUAGUGAUUAAGUAAAAAAGUGAGAUAAAAUUAUAUUAAGACUAAAAUAUAACAUUUCUUUAUAAUAUUAAGUCUUAUACACUUAUAACAAAAUCAAUUUGAAAAUGUUUAUUCACUGAAAACUAAAUAUAAAAGCUGAAGGAAGACAACAACAUUACUAUUAGAACCUUUUACAGCAAAACCAGAGUGCACUUACUACAUUUUUGGGGUCAAAGGUCAAAUAAAUCAUGAUUUUUGAGCAUAAAAAUCACAUCAAUACAUGUAGAAAUAAGUGUCAUAUCACUAACCUACCUAAUAACUAAUUUGAUUGGCCAGUUAAAAAACAUUGAAACACUUUAAAGCAGUUUUUUUCAGUUGUACCUUUUGUGUAGUUACUGCAGUUAGACUUUGUAGGGCAGAGUAAAGAGAUAAUGGACACAAUGCUGAGCCAAAUUAUAUAUUAUGGUGUGAUUAUUAUUAUUUGCUCUUAUACUGCUGAUUGUCCUUUGAAAUAUAUAGUGAAUCAUUCAUUUGUAUGGGACUUGUUGCUGAAAUAACACAAAGCAGAAUAUAUUCAUUCCUUGUUUGUUUUUUUAACUGUAGGAUUAUAUAUAUAUUGAGAAAAUAAAGACUUUAUUUAAUUGUA